AUGAAGACAUUAUCCAUCCUGUUCUCGAUCGCUUCGUUCACAUUCGCGCAUCCAAAGCCUACAAAGCCUCUCUCAUGGACGCUUACCCCCACAAACAGUACACAACAAUUCCGUGGCCUUUCGCCUGUUGACGAAAAGGUACUGUGGGUGUCCGGUACGUCUGGCACCAUCCUACGUACCACCAACUCCGGGAGAACGUGGGUCGACGUGUCUCCGCAAUUUGCGUUCGAGAAUGCUUCAGACUUCCAAUUCCGCGAUAUCCAGGCUUUCUCCAAGAAAAAUGCCGUUGCUUUAUCGAUCGGUGAGGGAAACUUGUCACGCAUCUACAAAACGGAUAAUGGCGGAAAGAGCUGGAGACCCACGUUCAUCAAUGAGGAAAAGACAGCAUUCUAUGAUUGCAUGGCGUUCGAGACAAAAAGAGGUAGAGAAGGCCACGGCGUUGCAAUGAGUGAUCCUGUCGACGGCAAAUUCCGUCUGCUAGAAACGUGGGAUGGUGGUGCGCACUGGUCUAUUGUUUCGAACAAGACGAUGCCGCCAGCGCUGGACGGCGAAUUCGGCUUCGCAGCAAGCGGGACAUGCAUUGAAGCUGCGGCGGGCCGAUGGUACAUCGCAAGUGGCGGCGUGGAUCCAGGAAGAAUCUUCUACACAAGUUCCGAUAGCGUCAGUCAUGGCUGGCAGGUCGCGAACUCGUCCAUCUCUGGUGGUGCCGCUGCCGGUGUAUUCUCAGUGCGUUUUCGCGAUACGCGUCACGGUAUCGCAGUCGGUGGAGACUAUGAGCAACCUACAGCCAGCAACAAUACGGCGUCUUGGUCCAACGAUGGCGGCGUGAGCUGGCGAAAGGCUGACUCGUUUCCGCGCGGAUAUAGAUCGGGUGUCAGUUGGGUGCCAGGGAGGAGACAAACAGCCGUUGCAGUUGGAACUAGUGGGUCAGAUGUUACUAUCGACGGAGGGAGUAAUUGGGUUCCUAUCGGUAAUGGAACGUUCGAUGCUGUCGAGUGCGUUGAGAGAGACGUUUGCUGGGCCAGUGGGUCUGGCGGACGGGUUGCAAAACUGGAUCUACGAGGGCUAUGA